AUGGAUGACAUAGCUGCUUAUGGGUACAUCACACCUCUAAAAAUGAAGAUUGUUCUCGCUCUCCCACUCACAGACUCUGUCGUACGUGAUGCGGAGGUGAUCAUGACCUUUAAAGCCCUCCACCUAGCCUACUAUCAUGCCUCCUCAAACCCUUUCAUCCGACUUCAUGACACACCUGCGGGCGUGGGGAGCGCCAAGUGGAAGCGCUUCAGACAGAAAGUGGACGAAAUAAGCAGGGCUGCUAGUGGUGGGAAUUUGCCUUCAUGA